GACGCGCCGUUCCUCACACGUUAUCAGACAGUUUCCACCACUCAAUGAACUACGCACACUUCCGGGUUAGAAGCCGAGCUCUACGCUGACGCACACAGAGAGCGACUCGCGACGCACAGGAGCCGGUGACGUGUGGGGACGUGGCGCUGACGUCAGCAAUUUCCCCGGCAGAAGCCGAAAGAGUGAGAGAAGGAAGCGGCGACCGGUGAGACUUAUUGUGAGGGGGUCGGCAGCUGGUCCUGGCCCCAUGAACACUCGUAAACGUCUCGGGUCCCGUAACACAGACAACGGAAUAUACAUAGGACCCUCCCAGACUCAGGUCCUGGUUCCUGCUUCAGAUUCCCCUGUUGCUCCUCCCCCAGCCGACAUCAUGUCCUGUCGGGACCGCACUGCUGAGUUCAUUUCUACUUGCAAAUCUUUACAGGGACGCCAGAAUGGUGUACAGUUGUCGUCUCCAUCUUUUAAUGCUGUCAAACAAAGAAGCGAAUUCACCCUAAUGGCCAAACGCAUUGGAAAGGAUCUCAGCAACACAUUUAGCAAACUGGAGAAACUAACAAUAUUGGCAAAGAGAAAAUCUCUAUUUGAUGACAAAGCUGCAGAGAUUGAAGAAUUGACCUACAUAAUUAAACAAGAUAUAGGAAGUCUGAACCAGCAGAUUGCUCAGCUUCAGUCUUUUGUCCGUGCUCGGGGCAGUCAAAGUGGAAGACAUCUUCAGACUCAUUCGAAUACAGUUGUGGUCUCCCUGCAGUCAAAGCUUGCAUCUAUGUCCAAUGAUUUCAAGUCGGUUUUGGAAGUUAGGACAGAGAACCUAAAGCAACAGAGGAGUCGAAGGGAUUGCUUCUCUCAAGGCCAGGCGGCACUCCCACUUCACCAUAAUAGCCUAGGUCCUUCAGUUCUUCUUCAGGAUGACUCUCGUAGACAGGGGGAAGUGACUAUAGAAAUGGAUUCACGAGUCAGUCAGCAGCUGCAGCUUAUUGAUGAACAGGACUCGUACAUCCAAAGCCGAGCAGACACCAUGCAGAACAUCGAAUCUACAAUCGUGGAACUGGGAUCCAUAUUUCAGCAGCUGGCUCACAUGGUAAAGGAGCAGGAAGAGACUAUACAAAGGAUUGAUGGAAAUGUAGAAGACACUCAGUUAAACGUGGAGGGGGCCCACCAAGAGAUCCUAAAGUAUUUCCAGUCUGUCACGUCGAACCGCUGGCUUAUGAUCAAGAUUUUCCUCAUACUAAUUGUCUUCUUCAUAAUUUUUGUAGUCUUCCUUGCCUAACACUACACUACAAAAUUGUAAAGUAGUUUCUUCCCCCAAACACAGCACACAGUAUCCAACCUACCCAUGACCCACCCUGCCACUGAGAGGGUUACUUUCUGAUCAGUCUGUGGAUAAGUGUGGGAGGACAGAGGUUAACACACUUAAGGAUACAUUGUGUAUAUACUGUAGUAUAGCAUGAGAAUGAGUAUCAUAAGUGUGAUUGAGCAAGGCCAUGCAUAUAUGUGUGUGUGUGUGUGUGUGUGAUGAAAUUAAUAAAUUAUAGAGCUAUAUAUAUAUUUUAGACAGUUUGCAGUUAUACACACAGUCAGACUUGUGUACUGUAAAUUAAUUGUGUGUGUUCUCAUGCACACUUUGUUUAUUUCAAGAGUGUGUGUACAGUUUUAGGUAUCAAAAAAAAAACACACGCACACACACACACACACACACUGUGUGUAAAGGCCUUGCAUUAACAACUGUGUGCAUGUAUGUGUAGAUUUCCCUUUAAUAAGUGUCUUAUUGGGCUUCCUCCACUGAAUAAGGCAAUUGGAAUUGCUUCUGGUGGGGAGGGAGAUAAGUGGCUUUGUGCAAGACUGUAUAAGGGCACAGAUUUAGUCGCCUGGCAACAAAUCGCCUUUUCUUCAGACGACUAAUCUCCCCAAAUUGGCUUCCCGCCAUCUAGAAUCUAAAUCGCCGGUGGGAUGGCACUUGGAGAGCUUCGUUUUCCGAAGUCUCCCUUUGGAAAACGAAGCAAUCCAAGUGCCAUCCCUGCUGCGAUUUAGAUUCUAGCCAGCCGGACUGCAAUUCGGGGAGAUUAGUCGCCCAAAGAAGAGAUGAAGAGUCUCUGCCCUCAGUGAGAGCUGAUAAUAUGUACAGGCCAUGCACACUUGUUUUAAUCUCUUGUAAACAAUGUAAUAUUCUGUUUUUAAAUUAUUCUUGGAAAAGUCCUCAGAACACAGAUAAGGCCAGUUAGAUUUAGGAGAAUUAGGGUUUGGGGUUCUUUUUAAAACACAUUCCAUUGGUUAACACAAAAUACAAUUGUACCACUCAUCCUUCAGGACGCAGAUUGUGCCCCUAACCCAAUGUACAGACUGUAUAUAAUGCAAUAUUAUGAAUAAUAAUCUACAUUUCAGCU